UUGUUUUCCUUUGAAGUCGAAAAUCAGCAAUAAUCUUGGUUCAUAUACUGUACAAAUUUCAGUCGCAAUUUUGCCUAUAUAAAGAGGGACUUUCAAAAGCCUUGGAUUGCACCACACUACAUUGCUUAAACGUCGAGAGACAGAGAGCUCAGGGAGAUUUUUCCAUUUGUCUAAAUUUAUUUAUAUUUAUUUUUUGUAUUGCCUCUUUCCUGUUUUGGAAUUGGUCCUAAACUUUGAAUGCUUCUUUAUUGGAAUUUGCUCACCUCCUCCUGCCGUAGACAUAGAUUUAAUUGACUGAACCACGCUGGAUUCUAACACGUGAAAUGUCGAAUACCCGUAAAAUGAUAUCUUCAACUGAAGCGGAGCAAAAAGAUGAUCACUUUAAAGAGUUUUUCCAGAGGUUGCAACCAAAGAAGCUUGUAGAAGGGGAGCUGCUGGCUAAUUACCAAGGCAUUUGGUUUGUUGCAGAUUUACUUCGAGCUACACUAACCUUUCAAAAGCACUUCAAAGCCAAUGACUCUGACAUUUUUUUGGCCACCAUGGCAAAAUCAGGAACCACAUGGCUGAAAGCCCUCGCCUUCAGUAUUGUUAACCGUAACAAUCAUUCAGUUGAUGAGAGCCCUUUGCUCUUCUCCAACCCUCAUUAUCUGGUUCCUUUUCUCGAGAUGCAUCUGUACAAGGAUGGUAAUAUUCCUGAUAUAGAUGCUAUGCCUUGCCCGCGAAUCCUUGCGACUCACCUACCUUAUCAAUUGCUUCCAAGCACCAUUUUGGAUUGUUCCAACAGUCGAAUCAUCUACCUUUGCCGAAACCCUUUGGAUGUAUUCACCUCUACGCGGCACUUUGUGCUGCAAAAUGGUUUUGCAUCAAGGCCAUCGGCGUCUCUUGAUGUACCUUUUGAAACAUUUUGUCAGGGCAUAUACCCGUAUGGUCCAUUCUGGGACCAUUGUUUGGGAUAUUGGAAUGCAAGCUUGAAGGACCCUCAAAAAGUGUUGUUUUUGAAGUAUGAGGAUCUAAAAAAGGAUAUCAAUAGCUCCGUGAAGAAGAUAGCUGACUUCUUAGGAUAUCCACUUUCAGCUGAGGAAGAGGAAGCAGGUUUGGUUGAAGAGAUAGCAACGCUUUGUAGCUUCGAAAAUCUUAUGAAUUUGAACUGUAACAAAGAGGGGGAGAUACAAACUGUUUUUAGAGCUAAGCAUAAUUCCUUUUUCAGGAAAGGAGAAGUCGGUGAUUGGGUGAAUUUGGUUCCUCCAUCCAUGGCCAACCGACUCGAAAAACUGAUGCAAGAAAAGUUUGGUGAAUCAGGGUUGACACUGGAUAUCCAUGGCAAUUCUGUCUGAAGAAGAUGAAUGUUGGAUAGGACGGAUCCAAGUUUCAACAGUUUUUCCUCAAAAAACAAAGAAAACAAAAUAAAAGGCCUAAUUCAGUUACGUUCAAAUUGUUUGUUGCUUCAAUUACAAUCAUAAACCCAAGUUUGUAAUAAUUCAAUGUGUGUGUUUGUUGCUUAUUGUAAGACCGAAAUUAUCAGUUUUGGACAAUGUUAGUAUAUAUCUACGCACAUGCGAGUUUUUUUCAAGUA